UGCUCGUCUGGUCGUCGCUGGGGGAGUGUUGACGCAUGCGCAGGGCUCGUCUAGUCGUCGCUCUGCUCAGACUCUUGGAGAGAUUUUUCUCUCCGCUUCUGUGCGUCCAAUCACGGCGUCCAAUCUACGGCUCUCCGAGGCCGGGAACAGUCCAACUGGAUCCGUCCGACGGCUGGGAGGGGGGGCCGGCUCUUCACCGAGAAGCGACCUGCGGAUGUUUUUUGUCUCCGAGCGUGGGACCUGGAAACCCGGGCCCGCAGCGGGAGCAGGGAGGAGGAGGCCCCGAGGCCUCCUGGUUCUGACCCAGAAAACGGCAACCACGGCCGGGCUUCCUGUCAACUGCCAGGCCGGCUAGCAUCUAGCCACACCGGAGCCCGCAGGGACUCAACCGAGUGGGACGGAAAAUUGGAGCCAUUUCCCUCCGUCAGGAUUUAUUUUAUUUUCUCUAUUGUGACUCAUCAGGAUAUUUUUUCUGCAUUAUUAUUUUUUUUUUAAGUCGGGACCCUCUGGAGAUCGAGGGGCUAGCUCCGGGCUAGCCGCUCCAGUUAGCCAGUUAGCUUCCAUCCUCUUCAACCAGACAGUGGAGGCUACGGAGAAGCACAGGCGGCCUUUAGGUGCUUUCUUACCCGCUAACACACCUCAUCGGAGGACGGGGACACGAACAAUGGCUGCCUUAGUCAAGGGGAUAGUCAGCAGGAAUAAAAGGCGAUACCAGGAGGACGGCUUCGACCUGGACCUCACCUACAUUUAUCCGAACAUCAUAGCGAUGGGUUUCCCUGCUGAGCGCCUGGAGGGAGUCUAUAGAAACAACAUCGAUGACGUUGUUCGAUUUUUAGAUUCAAAGCACAAGAAUCACUACAAGAUCUACAACCUGUGUGCAGAACGACAUUACGACGCUUCGAAGUUCAACUGUCAAGUGGCUCAGUAUCCGUUUGAAGACCACAACCCGCCCCAGCUGGAGCUGAUAAAGCCGUUCUGCGAGGACCUGGACCAGUGGCUGAGCGAGGACGAGCAGCAUGUGGCGGCCAUCCACUGCAAGGCCGGGAAAGGACGCACCGGGGUCAUGAUCUGCGCCUACCUGCUGCACCGGGGCAAGUUCAGGGAAGCUCAGGAGGCGCUGGACUUCUACGGCGAAGUCCGCACCCGAGACAAGAAGGGCGUGACCAUCCCCAGUCAGCGGCGUUACGUCGUCUACUACAACUUCCUGCUGAGGAACAAGCUGCAGUACAAACCCGUGGCCCUGCUCUUCCACAAGAUGCUGUUUGAAACCAUACCCAUGUUCACCGCAGGCACCUGCAACCCCCAGUUUGUCGUGUACCAGCUGAAGGUGAAGAUUCACACCUCUAACCCCGGCAACACUCGGCGGGAAGAUAAACUGAUGCUGUUCGAGUUCCCGCAGCCGCUUCCUGUCUGCGGAGACAUCAAGGUGGAGUUCUUCCACAAGCAAAACAAGAUGAUGAAAAAGGAAAAAAUGUUUCACUUUUGGGUGAACACCUAUUUCAUACCUGGGCCGGAGGAGAUCCCUGAUAAGUUGGAGAACGGUAGUGCCGGGACGCUUCGGGAACCGGCCGACAGGACGCAGCAGAACCUGGCGAUGAUGACGACGACGACGACCAUGAUGAUGACGGGAGGUGAAACCAACGACAGGGACUACCUGGUGCUCACCCUGACCAAGAACGACCUAGACAAGGCCAAUAAGGACAAGGCCAACAAGAACUUCUCCCCAAACUUCAAGGUGAAGCUGUAUUUCACUAAGACGGUGGAGGAAGGAGCGAACUGCGACGCCAGCAGCACGUCGGCCUCGGUCACGCCAGACGUCAGCGACAACGAACCGGAUCACUACCGCUACUCCGACACGACGGACUCGGACCCUGAGAACGAGCCCUUCGAAGAGGACCACCACAAUCAGAUCACAAAAGUCUGACACACACAAAAACAAACAAACACACACACACACACACACACACACACACACACACACGGCUAUACUAUAUAUACAUAGUAUGUAAACACACUCAUGACCCUCAAACCAAGACUCGUGUGGUGGUUAUCUAAUGGGGGAAUAUAACCGAUGGACCAGAACUGAUCCGUGGGACUCUGGAUUCAAAGAGCUCUGAUCAGAAAUCAAACCCCCCUCCCCACUCCCACCACUCCCCAGUCUUCUUCUCAGUGCACAGCUGGACAAUCACAUGACCUGGCGGUUUGGAGGUAAGGGGAGGGGAAGGGGGGGGUGUAAAUGUGUUGGGGGGGGGGGCUGGGGCCAGGGGAAUGAAUGGCGAACGGACAAUAAGACAGAUGAAUGGAGAGGCAGGAGAUAUAAAAGUUUAAAGGAGUAAAACUUGAAUAUAAACAAACUGAAAGACAAGUAGACUUCUUUAGUGACUACACCAAGAUGUUUGUUGGAGAAAUCCUCUCGAUCCCCCACAUUUCCUUUCCUUCCUUUACUUUCUUCUUUCCUGACAGGUUUUUAGGAAACUUUAUGCAGACCAAUCUUGAUUUUCAUCUCUGCCCACUUCGGUUUUGUGAAUCUGUACCGUUGACUCUUCUCUUUGUGCGCUAAAGUCCAACGUUUCCAGCUCAAACCCACACGAUUAAUCAUCUUUUAAACUGAUCACGCUUGAUGUCCAAUCUGAUUCAAUUGAAGUUUGGCUUAAUAGCUGAUUUGUUGGCGUCAUCUGAAUUAAACUUAAUCACAUUUCAGCAUUUAAAACAAAGACUGGACUUCACACUGUGUGGUUGGGAUUGGUUUGAAAAGACCACACCGUUUAAUUUAGGUUUCAUGAAUCAGAACUCUCGUCUUCAAAAAUCCUACUGACUAAAAAAAAAAAAGUGGAUCAAUCCAUCUGAGCCAUUUCAAGAUGUUUAGUAACAGAAAUCUGGUCAUUAGCAGACUCCUGUGAGUUUCAUGUGGACUCCACCCACAGAAAAACAUAAAUUGAUGGUUAAGUUUCUCUCACUUUUUCCCCCCUUAUAUCUCAAAACAAGAUCACUCCUCACCAAAGAACCGUUGGACCUCUGAAACCAUCUCAUUUGUUUCACCUGUCUAGACCCAGUUUGGACUCGUCCUAGCUGGACUGGUUUUGGUUUGGGACUUAAAAAGCAGCACACAAAGAGAACGGACAACCUGUUGUAUGAAUGCGAUAACGACGAUGAGAAACUUUCACAAUCUACUGCAGAUUUCUGUCAAUCAUCUACUGCUGAAAACCUACCGUACAAGCUUCCUGUGAACAAAUGCUAUUACUGCUUUUCUGUCCGUCUCUCUCUCUUUGUCCUGUCCGGUUUUGCACAGAAGGAUUGUCUUCAGCCCUUCAAUCAGCUUCUACAGUUACAGGAAACAUAUUUUUUUGUUGUACUCUGGACUUAUAUCCAUCAUUAAGCUAAACAACAAACAAGCUACACACAGUAUAACCAUUCCUUCUGCCAGGUUUGCUUUUAAGCUAUUCACCUAUGUAGGCUAACGCCCUCGACACAGACUGAAGCAGAAAUCACUGACUCCAGAGCGUUUGGUUUUCAUGUGCCUGGGACGCUGGGCAGGUUGCACUUUAUAAAGGACACUUCACUGAAUCUCGUUGGCCUUGUAAAUACUCCUGGGCGGCCCAUCCAAAAACCCAUUUGGCUGAUGUUGUGCUGGUUUCUGUCUAGUUGAAAGAUGCAGUCCUUUCAUUUAAAGCUGCCUUUGUGAGGGAUGAGCUUGGAGUUUCCCAACCUUGAGGCCAGUACCCAACAGUUUUAUGGAUAUUUGGUGAAAAAUAAAACAUCCUUUUAGAGCCUCUUGCAAAUGGAAAUCUGAAUUUUGGUUGACAUCUGGGUCAAGAGAGGUCCACAAGAAAAAGGUUGAGAAACGUUGUUCCAAGCUCCCAGACGUGAUUUGAUGACCACAUCUGGUCCUUACGCUCACAAGGACCGGCCUCUGUGGGUCUUUGGUUUCUGACUUCCUUCUGAUUUCAAAGAGGGCGAUGCUCUAUAAUCAUUACUCUGUCCAUAGACUAUUAAUCGUUUUACUCACAACUACUUCUUGGAGAUGUUUAAGCACUUGACAUUCUUGCAAACUGUACCUUUAAUACCAAGGAUGAUGGUUUGAGGAUCACGUUAGCAUCACCGCAGGUUCGAGGCUAUUCCGUCUGGUCUUCACGGCAAAAAAAUGUUAGAGAUGUUCCAAUCAGCUUUUUGUUAAUGGAGUAGAGCAUCGGCCGUCCGAGUAAGGCAGUUUAAACCAGGCUGUGCUAUUACUGGUCUAAUCUAGAUACCCCUCUUGAAUAUGUGUCACAUUGAUCGGAGCAUCUCUACUGAUCAUUUAAAGGACCAUCUACCAGACUGGUGCGUGAGUAGACAUUUUAGUCCCGAUGCCUGAUUUCCGUCCUAACAUUUGGUGCUACUACCUGUCAUGGGCUCUGUUGUUGCUGUUGAUCGUGGUAGGUGCGGUUUUAAGAUCCUGGAUUGAGUCUUAAAGUCCCUGUUGUCAAACCUGUCGCCAUGUCAAGAGUCUGAUCACACAGGAGGCACCCCGAAAAUGAGAUUCCGUUCGGAAAUUAAGAUGAGUCAAAACUCAAGGAGUCGCCGAGACAUGAUAGGAUGCAGAAAAGUCAGUGGUGAUAAUAUCAAGGAUGUUUAGUUGCUCUCACGAUAUUCCUGUUUCCCCAACCCCAACCUGAAGCCGUGGUGAAGAUGACCAGGAACCAUUGGCAAAUACUUAAUCCAGUGGUCUGAUUCCUUGCAGAGCUACCAGCGAGAGUCAUUCCUGGAAGUGGUACCCUGGAUUCAGACCUCUGAAUUGCUACAAACAUCUCAAACUAGUUUAACGUGGUGUUGGCCUCAUUCAAAUGGGUUUAAAUAGGACUCUCUGUGGGUAAAACCCCAUCAGAAACUUGCUUGAAUUAGCUGCAUCACCUUCUGGCAGAAAAGAGUCAGGCAAGUUUCUGAAAGUUCCCUUUUUAAACCUCAACCUCCCUCCGGUCCCUUAGAACCGAAGAAGCUACUCGGAUGAAACGACUUCUCUAAACUCUACAAGUUCAAUUGCCUUUUUUUUUUUUCAACACCUUUUGGAUAAACCAUGACCUGGAUGACUUGCGAACCUUCACAGACAUGUUGGCCUCAUUCAUGCCUGGUUUGGAAAUCUGAGCUUUUUAUUUAAGAUUGAGAAAGAAAUUCCUUCUUCUUGUACGGAAAGAGAUCCCGAGACAAAUACCGUCUCUGAAAAGUUUGAAUAAGGUGCGGAUUUGCGUCCUGUGUGAUCACAACCUUGAGUAGCACUCAGACUCGACUAAAGUAGCCUCACGCUAACAGGAAGCUGGUGCGUCGUGUUGAGUUUUAGGUGCUAAGCUAGCCAGGGCCGGUGUCAGCCCUGUCGCCUACUCGUGGUGCUCUCUACCAGCAGCGAGCGUUCGUCCAGUGCUUAAUCUAAUUCGUUUUAUAGAAACUCUUCAUGUCUCGAGUCCUGUUAGGUGCUGUCAGACCUUCCCUCACGUCCUGUCGCCAACUCGUUUCAGACGCGACCAGCAUGUAGAGGCACGUACCACAAAACUGCAACAAUCUGGACCAGUUCGAGUGAUAGUGGCGACUCUUUUAUCAAGACAAAAAGGAAUAGGUAGGAUUUUUUAAAUGUAUUCUUCAGAGGUGUCAUCUGGCAGAUGUUGUUUAAAAGGUGUAGACGUGACUUUACCUCUUUGAUAAAAGAAUCUCCACUAUUCAGGUUAUUCUCAACCUUCUUUGAGGCUUAGAUUCGGAUUGUAAGGGUGGUUCCACGGGGCCACGAUCCCAAAAUGACCAGACUUACAUCGAGGAACCUACAGCCAAACUUAACUCUAAAUCUGACUUUUUAUUUUAUUACCUUUUUAUCACAAAACAAAUGCAGAUGCAUCAAGACUGUUGUGGUGCUUCCUGGUGACGUGCUGGUCCGUCCUCAACGAGUUUCAGGUUUCAGGUUUGAGGCCCGGUAGGUGCUCGUCCUCAUCUCUUGACGGUUUCUUAUUUUGUUGGCCGUGUUAUAGCUGUUGGUUGUUGACAACAAGUCCCCGAUCAAGUGUCAAAUCCAUCUGAAAACACUUGAACGGAACCAGGAAGAGCCGACUCUUGACUAAGUUUCUUGGGUUCCUGCAGGGAUCCGAUGUAAAGGAGCCCUGAACUUUAUGCCCCACGCUCUGAAUCACUUUUAAACCGUCAACAGUUUCCCAGCCAGAGGAAGGAAUCCUCUCAAACUCCCGUGGUUCCUCCAGCCGGAAAAGCUUCACCGUCGGUUCCUCCCGACCAAACAGUGCUUCUUCAGCUCUCUUCUGUUUACAUUUCAUCACCAAACCUGCCAAAAUGAAGCUCGGACUCUUUUAUUUUUGUAAUUUUUAACAUUUGCUCAGUUUUGUUUUGUCAGUUUUGGAGUCGUUCUUUCUUCUUUUGGCCUCGAGGUGCAAGCGCAUCACUCCUCCGUCCAACAAAUCUGUUCUUCUUCACCAGAAUAAUGGAUUUUUUUUUUUUUUUUUUUAUAACCCAACGUAUCAGCGUUUUAUUCUUUCAAACUGUCGUUUUUUUUGUAGCUUUUUCUUGUUGUGGACGCGAGGCAGAUUGGUCGGACGGAGACGUGUUGCGAUCGCACCUUCACUUGAACAACAACAGUUUUCUGCUGCUCAGUCGUUGUUUGUCAGAGUCGUGUACACCAACCACAUCUGGAAGACAACAUUUAAUCAGAACAUCUGGAAAACGUUAGCAGCUACGCGUUAGCAAUUUAAUGCUGUUUUAAAACUGUGUAAAGGUUAAAAAAAACAAAAAAAAACAUUAUCUCGUGGCUAUUUAAAGCUAACACUAACGUCAUUUAGCUCUUCAUCUCUACUAAGGACACAGAUGCUAAUGUUAGCAUGAACUAACAUCCAACCACACAUCCAACCAAUACUCAACCACACAUCCAACAACAUCCAACCAACAUCCAUCCUCACAAAAACACUAACGUUGUUUGGCCCUUCAUCUCUGCUAAGGACACACUGAUGCUAACGUUAGCAUAGACUCAGCUUCCUGUUCUUGGGAGGUAAUGUCAGUUAAAACGUAGCUGGACAUGCAAACAUCAGCGAUACUGUUGCUAAGCUGUGAUUGGACGACACCCGCUUGUGGGCGGGGUUUAUGCAGAGUUACCUUCCUGUUGCUGGUUUUUGUACUCGACUCCUUUGGUCUCAGUUUUAGAUGCAGAAACUAGUUUUUAUUUUAUCAGGCUUUCAUUCGGUUUCCACUCCGUGAACAAAUAAAAAGAAAACGUCACCACCAUGGAAACAUGUCAGCCCCCCCUCCCCAUAUGCCCUCCCCCAGUUCUUUUACUCUUUCCCUCCUUGUUUUAUAAUGAAAUACAGACACUGUAAAGGUGAAUAAACUAUUUAUAAACAGUU